AUGAUCGCCAAGUUUUUCGUCCUUUUCGCCCUUGUGGCAGCCGUCAGUGCUUCCGAUUACUCCGCCUUCUCCUACGGCGUGGCCGACCCCUACACCGGUGACUUCAAGAACCAGAUCGAGCGCCGCGCCGGUGGCAAUGUGCUGGGCCAGUACUCGCUCCUCGAGUCCGACGGAACCCGCAGGACCGUCGACUACGCCGCCGGCGCCCAGGGCUUCAACGCCGUCGUCAGGAAGGACCCCGCCUUGAUCGCCGCCGCUCCCCUCGCCGCUCCCCUCGCCUACGCCGGCUACAACUACCCCUACGCCUACAACCUCGGUAGACUCGGUGCCUACGGAUACGCUACUCCUUAUGCCUUCGGACGAUUCUAC